AUGCGCAAAAUAUUGAAUAUUGAUUGGUUAAAACCUGAGGUUAUCGCCGAGCGGAAGGCCAACAACACUGCGGCUUUCAUCACCUUCGUGCCCUGCGGCUUCAAGACUAAGGCUGACACAGUGGACAUUCUUCUGGGACUGCAGCGCGGCGGCGCGAACAUCAUAGAGGUGGGCAUUCCGUACUCGGACCCACAGGCCGAUGGCCCGACCAUCCAGCGCGCACACCAGGUGGGCGUGGACCAGGGCAUCACGCUGCAUGACGUCCUGGCCACAGUGAGCGAGGCGCGAACUAAGGGCCUUACUACGCCUGUGGUGCUUAUGGGCUACUACAACAACAUUUUGCAGUACGGCGAAGUCAAAAUCUGCCCCGACGCCCAGAAAGCUGGGGUGGACGGAUUCAUUAUUGUGGACCUGCCGCCUGAGGAGGCAAAGACGCUCAGUGACGACGCAGCUAAGCACGGACUUGCGUACAUCCCGUUGGUGUCCCCAACGACGACGGAGGAGCGUAUGAAGCUCAUCGACUCGGUGGCACAUGGUUUUGUGUAUUGCGUGAGUCUCACCGGUGUCACGGGCGCUCGUAACGAGCUGCCUCCGAACCUCGACGCGUUCAUGGCCAAGAUUCGUGCCAACGUGAAGCACCCUCUCGCUCUUGGCUUCGGUCUGUCGACCCGCCAGCACUUCGUUCAAGCCAGCGCGCUUGCGGACGGCGUUGUGAUCGGCUCGAAGAUUGUCAAGAUCAUCGAGGACGCGCCUGACACAGCCACGCGUGCUGCCAAUGUGGAGGCAUUUGCCAAGAGCAUCGUGAACCCUUAG